GAUAAGUGUAUCAGGUCCAGACCCUUCUUCAGACCCUAUUCACAUUAUCUAGAGAUGCUCCCUGGCCGUCUGAGUUACUCCAGCAUGUUGUGUCUUUUUUUUUGUAAACCAGCAUCUGUGGUUUCUUCUUUCUACAUCUUAAAUUGAGGAAUGGUUUAUACAUUAUGGGAAGUGAUAGAAUAUGAAGCUAACGAUGGAAGAAUCUUUGCCGCAGGUAAGCAAUGAAAUUUCUGGAACCCGUCAAAUAUAUAAGGUCUUAAGAGGGUCGAUGUGGAGAGGAUGUUUCCUCUUAAGGGCACAUUUGGAAUGAUGGAUGCCUGUUAAAUACAUAAGCAGUUGUUCGUUUUAGACUGAGGAGAUGUUUUAGGUCCCAGGGGCUUUGAGACAUUGGUACAAAAGGAGCUGAGCAAUUGAAUAUUUUUAAGGCAGGCCGCCAAGUCCAUCCAAGACUGCAAGAAAUUGCAGCAAAUUGGGGACUCAGCCCCAUCACACAAACCAACCUCCUUUCCAUUGACUCCAUUUAUACCUCACACUGCCUCACAAGGCCAGCAGCAUAAUCAACGACGAGUCGCACCCUGGCCACUCCCUUUUCUUCCCUCUCCCAUCAGGCAAAAGGUAUAGAAGUGUGAAAACGUACACUACCAGAUUCAGGGAUAGUUUCUUCCCAGCUGUUAUCAGGCAAAUGAACCAUCUUACCGCAACAGGAGUGCAGUCCUGAACUACUAUCUCCCUCAUCAGGGACCUUCAGACUAUCUUUGAUCAGACUUUAUUGGCUUUACCUUUCACUGAAAGUUAUUCCCUUAUCAUGUAUCUGUACACUGUGAAUGGCUCAUCAGUAAUCACGUAUUGUCUUUCCGCUGACUGGUGAGCACGCAAUAAAAGCAUAUCACUGUACCUUGGUAUACGUGACAACAAACUAAACUAAAAAACGGAAGCAUAUUCUUGAACUAUUUUCCAGCUUUCCCUCCCUACUCCAAUCAGACUGAAGAAGGGUCUUGAUCCGAAACAUUUGCCUAUCCAUGUCCUCCAUACCAUGAGCCACUGAGUUACCCAAGUUUAGAGUCAUAGAUUGAUGCAACGUGGAAGCAGGCCCUUCAGCAAAACUUUGGGGAGAGUACGAAAGAUUGAGCAGGGGUGUUCUGCCUUUCGCUAGGAUCUACAUCCUAGAGGCUCUGCAAAAACAUAGAUCUAUACAGCUCAGAAACUGGCCCUUCAGCCCAACUCAUGCAUGUCAGCUGAGCUCCCAUUACUAAUUUGUAUAAAUGAACUAAUGCCACUUGCUUGCACCUAGCCUAUAUCACUCACUGUAUUUCCUAUUCUUGUAGAAAUAAAGAACUGAAGCUGGUUAAUACACAAAAAAAGACACAAAGUGCUGGAGUAACUCAGCAGGCCAGGCAGCAUCUCUGGAGAAAAGGGAUGGGUGACGUUUUGGGUAUGGACCCUUCUUGUUUUGAGUAGAGACCCUAUUCAUGUACGUGUGCAAGUGUGUGUUUUAAAUUUGCUGAUUCUACCUGCCCCUGCCACUUUCUCUGCCUGCUCAUUCCACUGUGCCGCUGGGAGUUGCUCUGUUUCGCUGCUGUGUGACUACGAGAGGACGAUGCCGGGGAAGAGGGGAUUGUGCAGGAAGGUGUAAUCUGACACGGAGCUUGGAAACCAUAGCCACGCCGUGUACACAGAGGGAGCUCCUGGAGACGGUUUGCUGCCGCACUCACUGCACGAUGCUGGGCGCGCUGAUCCUCGCCUUGGCCGCGCUGUGUGCGGGGCAGAGUGCAGACCUGUCGCUCCCCUUCGCCCAGCCCCAGUCCUGCCCCAGCUCACACUACUACGAUGUCUCAGCCUUGAAGUGUUCAGCGUGCCCCCCGCAUCUCUGGCGGAGCGCCGAUGGACUCCGUUGCAUCUGUAAAGUUGGUUACACCAUGGUUGACACUGGAUCACCCAUAGCAGAGUGCAGUCUGUGCAACCAAGACAAUCAAGUUGUGUCGGUGGAUGGGAGGCUCUGUUUGGCAUGUCCAAACUGCAAGCAAUGUGGAGGCUCGCUUGUCCAAGUGGAGAAUUUGCCUUUGAGGACAGCGAACUGUCAAGCAUGUACCAACCAGACUGUGCCCAACGCCUUGGGGAACAUGUGUAUCCCCUGCCAUGAAACUUUCAUUUGGACCACCAACAGUUGUACGUGUCCAUCUAACAACUUGAGAGGAGGACUUUGCUUUGAAAACACAAGAAUACCGGCCAGUUCGGGAUCAAUGCCAGAUUCCAUCUGGUAUGAAAUGCACCUUCAAGCAAGCUACCUGGCAUGUGCAAACACGCAGUACAGUAAUCAGACAGCAUGCCAGCUUCUCACUAACUUGGUGCUGCUCGAUGUAAACGGUUUGGUCAGCGGUGAAGCCCUCAUUCUGUACCGAAACGUGCCUGCCAUGACUAACUACCUCCCGAAACUCUUCUACGUGGACACGAAUAUCGCAGCAUCUCUGGGGCAAACAGCCCCCAAAGGGCUUUCUUUCCAGAAGGAUUCACAGAUCGUCUUAAAAAUUGUGAAAUAUGACGCUCGUGGCAAUUUUCUGGGUUGGGAAGAUGUCAGAGGAGGUACUUUACAGCUCUGUCCCGACACGCAAACAUUGCUCGACGCGGCGUACAAAUUUGGCUCAUUCUAUGCCCAGUCGUGCACAAUUCGAGUCUCUGACCUUCUCCAGCGAUUCCCAGAGCCAGUGCUUUAUGAGCUCUUUCUCCUCUACAAGGAUAACCAAGGACAGUCAAAGGUGUGGCCUGUCCCAGUACGCAGCCUAAAUCUAGACAGGAAUGGCUUGGGAGCUGGAGCAGUAAGGAGAUUCUUUUUGGUUGAUGGACUGACAGGGAGGAAGGGCAGUCUCAGUAACCCACCGAGCUACGUCAGUUAUGCUAAAGACCUAGUCCUAAGGACCUACCUGCCGACUAGCAGCCCAACCAGUGAGCCACCGUUUUUACUGACUGUACGAUAUGCGCAGGCACAAGAUCUCCAAGAACAAGCUCAGGUGACAUUUGGUGUUCAGUAUGAAAUGAACCAGGCAGCGCGUAAGAGAGACACAGAUAUCGCUCUGGGGGUCCUGGGUUCUUUGGCUGUGUUCACUGCCAUGCUGGAGACCAGCAGCUGGAGACGGAGGAGCGGACUAGAGUUCAUCGAUGUUGUGACUAUUGUGAAAUAUCUUGCCUACUUUGCUGGAGCCCUGUCGAACACCUUCUUCCUUGUUACGUAUGGUACCGGUGUUUACUGGCUUAUUGCUUACAAGGGCCAGCAAUCCGCAGUUGAGAUUACACUGCCACCUGCUGGUAGUGAGAUUGAAACCGGCUUCAUCAUCUAUGUGUCUUGUGCUUUUGCGCUGAAGGCAGUGCAAUUAAUUCACAUUAUGAUGGUUCAGAUGACAGUAUCAAUCUUCCUGAUAGAUUGGGAAAAGCCAAAGGGAAGACAAUUGGCUAAACCAGCAGAAAACAAACCAAGCCCCUCAUCGGUAAGCAUCUGGCGUACCUACUUCAUAGCCAAUGAGUGGAAUGAGAUUCAGACUAAGAGGAAGAUAAAUCCAAUCCUGCAACUUAUUCUUAUUCUUUUGCUGCUGGAGGUUAUUGGCAUAAAGAACAUUGCGAGAAGAGAUCUGAAUUUGAAUCUGCACCCUGGAUCUGAUGUUAAUCUGGCGCCUUGGAGCCCAAUACUUCGAUACGGGAUAUCCAUAUCAAUGUGGCUGGCUGUCGGCUUGGCUCAGACGUUCUUCUUCGUCGGGAUCUGCGAACGAUUUGUUGAGGACAAGAUAAAGCAGUUUGUCGAUUUGUGCUCCUUGAGCAAUGUGUCAGUCUUCAUCUUACUGCACAGGUGUUACGGUUUCUACAUCCAUGGCCGAUCGGUGCAUGGACAAGCUGAUAUUGGAAUGGAGACAAUGUAUCUUAACCUCAAGAAAGAAGAGGAUAAUCUUUGUGCAAUGCGAGGUCUUGAGCCCAACAUGGAGGUACAAACGUUUGAGGUGCUUCUUUCGAACAAGGUUAGACAACAAUAUGACAGGAUACUAUCACCACUGACCGAGGUGGCAAGAAGGAAUCAUGGUGGACAUGUAGAUUCGCCCACUAUGCAGCAGAACUUAAAGGCAUACUUCACGAUGAACAAGUUCCUUUCAUCCUUCCUUGAACACGCUUACAAAGACAUGGACUACGUUGUGAGAGAAAAGCUUUUCCUGGAGCGAAUCUUGGACUUUGAGUUUCAGCGAUCAGAUGACAGGAGCUUCUUCUAUAAUGAUGAGCGGAUGCUCUUUAGCAAUGUUCUUUACUACGGCCAUGAGUUGGUGCUGCUGCUGUUUGAUGCUCUGCUCUUCUCCGUAGUAGACCUGGGAACACAGGACUUUGUUCUGGCAGCAAUCAUCACCUACCUUUUACAAAAGAUUCUGGAAACAGUAAGGGAGGCAAUUUCAAGGAGAAAUUUGGCUACAAAGACAUUAGUUGAUGAAAGAUUUCUCAUCUAGAACGUCUCCUCUGUCGAGGAUUGCUGUACGGAUGGGUCGAUUUCAGUUCUUGCAGCACCCACACAAGUGUGACUUUUAUACACGGAUGUGUCAGGUCCAAUGUUCAUUACCAGAUGACAGUGGAUGGUGAAGCCACAGUAGAAAACCUGGCACUUCACAGAUGGAAACAGCACGGACACAGUUAAGAUGGUGCCAAGAAAAAAGGGAAAUUAAAAGCAGACAGAUUGCUGACUGAAGUGGAGACUCGAGUUUCCCAUCUGGUUCUGCUUCUUUUGAAGACGGCAUUUACAAGUUUGUUUUAUGCCCAUUGAAGACGCGAGGAACUGCGGGUACUAGUUUAUCAAAAAAUACACAGAGUGCUGGAGUAACUCGGCUGAUCACGCAGCAUCUCUAGAGAACAUGGAUAGAUGACGUUUCAGGUCGUGACCUUUCUUCAGAGCACCGAAACAUCACCUGUCCAUGUUCUCCAGAGAUGCUACCUGACCGCUGAGUUACUCUAGCACUUUGUGUCUUUACUGCCCAUAGGUGGUGGUCUUCUCAAACACCAAUUUCCUGGUGAAGGCUUCUCAUCUCCACAAGCAGAUUUGAUUACGUUUCUGAAUAAUCUCCCCUGUUGAUGACCAACGCUAGGCUGCUAGAUGCCCUACAGUUUCACGAUACAUUUGCAAUUCCAGACAUUAACACCCAUUUUAUUCUCCACACAUUCCAACCAAUUUUCCUCGGAUUCUAUCCACUCACCUACAUACUGGGUGCAACAUUCAGUAGCUUAGUUUAGUUUAGAGAUACAGCGUGGAAACAGGCUCUUUGGCCCACCGAGUCCGUGCAAACCAGCAAUUCUGAUACACUAGCACUAUCCUGCACACAUUUAAAGUUUUACCGAAGCCAAUUAAUCUUGACAUCUUUGGGGUGUGUAAGAAAACCAACACAGGUCACGGGGAGAACGUACAAAUUCCAUAUAGACCGCACCCAUAACCAGAAUCGAACCCGAGUCUCUGGCGCAGUAAGGCAGCAACUCUACCACUGCGGCAUGGUAGCCAGUUAACUACCAAUCAUCACAUUUUUGAGAUGUGGUGGGAAACCAGAGCAUAAAAUGAAAUCCAGUCAGAAUAUACAGACGGCACCAGAGGGCAGGUUUGAACCCAGGUAUCUAGUGCUGUGAGGCACCAGCUCCACCAGCUGUACUGCUGUGCCACUCACCAACCUUAGGUAAUGUGUGACAACAUUAUUGAAAAUGCUUUGUAUUUUGUAUUUCCACUCCUGUGUUGAUAGUUGGAUGUGUCCUAUCACAUUGAUCCAUAACUAGAUUUGAAUCCCAGUAUUUCACUAUUGAACAUCUUUUGUAAACUUGUUUUUAAAUGUUGUUUGUUUAAAUGCGUAGCAGAUUUUACACUUUUGUAUUUAUACUCAAAUAAAUGUUUUAGAUUUAACGAUGUUGUCCCACAGUUCAAGAGUCUAGAGUCAAUAGUCAAGAGAGUCUAUUGUCAUGUGUUCCAGAUAGGACAAUGGAAUUCUUGCUUGCUGCAGCACAACAGAGCAUUGUAAGUAAAAAUACAGAACAGUUCAGUGUGUCUAUAUAGCACAGACCAUAUAUAUAUACAAAUAUACCUUAUCAUAUACCAUAUAUAUAGCAUAGACCAUAUAUAUAUACACAUAAAUAAACAGAUAAAGUGCAAUAGGCUGUUAUAGUUCAGAGUUUGUUUGAUGGUGAGUUUAAUAGCCUGAUGGCUGUGGGGAAGAAGCUGUUCAUGAACCUGGAUG